AUGAAAUACACGAGCAAGUGCGAAAUGCUGUCACGUCGCGCGUGUAGUGAGAGCGGACCACAUCCCGCGGAUGUUUAUGUUGCUGGAGGCAAUAGAAACACCGGGACAAAUUGGGUCGGUGAUUGUAGUGGCGGUGGUAGUGGAUCUGGAGCUGGGGGAGGUUUUGCUCAUCAUGGACAUCUUUGGGGUAAACGUCAUCAUGGACCGGCAUCGGCACCUGUGCUUAGUCACGCAAGUACUCGGCCACCCCAGCCCAUUAUUUUGAGAACGAGAAGAAGUUGGCCAGCUGCGCCUAGUAGAUGUAGAAGUCAGGGUAUCGAAGUGGGGGGCACGUGGUCGUGCUGCCUGCCGUGCGCCGGCGGCGGCGGGCGAGGAGCUCCUGGUGGUCUUACUUCUGCUGGUGGUUGUGGUUCCAGUGCCGGUGGUUCCGGUGGUACCGGUACCGGUGCCAGUGAGGGAAAUAGUCCCGGUUCCCCGUCUGGGACCGAAAGCAACUCACGUUCCAAAACCAACAAGUCAUCAAUUAUCGUCUGCCACAGCAACAGACGCAGACAGAACCAGAAGAGCAGCAUCACGAGUGUAAUUAAGAGUACCUGCAAACGUAGUGGUAGUAAUAACAGCUCCAACGACUUUAAUGGAGAGUUGGACGAUCUAGCGGCUCUCGACGCUGCUGUCGAGGCUGUCGCCAAGGGCGGUUCUUUUACUUUAACCAAAGACUCUAAAGACCAACACAAUAAUUCUGAGGACUGCAGCAACAAAGACGGCAACACACAGCACCGGCUCAGUCCCAGAUUACACGAUAUUGAGGAAGAGGAUGAUGAAGAGUGUCGACAUACUAAAGAAAGCCGAUAG